GAUGAGAAUGACUUGCCGCCUCUUCCAGUGGACGUUUCAGCUUUGCCGACUCUGGAACCUGGCAAGGCUGUUCCGGGGAUGAUUCUGACGUGGAAACAAUGGCUGCUCUCCAAGGCCACAAACUGGCAGCCCCAGGUAUCAUCUCUUACGGGCAUCGUUGUCAACGUGAACGACGACAAUACCAUCGAGGUGCGCCUCGCUAAGCGUGACAGGAACCUCGACCGCAAUGAAAAGAUGUUCGACGAUGACGGGAACCGGAUAUAUGACAAGUUUGAACUGCCUGGUCUGGACGACGAGGGUGACGACGCGGCUGAACAAGGAUAUCGGACCUUGGAUUUCGCGGAUCUGAUCGAGCCACGCAUUCUUCAGUAUGCCAUCGAAGGAGCCGAUACAAGCACUACAUUGGAGCAGCCGUCUACCACCCCAGCAGAGCGUCCUGAAAACCCGGAUAUUAUGCAGUCCAACAGGCUAGAACCAGCUCGUAACAGAGCAUCUGGAACGCCCGAUGAAACAGGCCCGAAAAGUAACGAAGCCGAGAGUCGACAGGAAGAUACGGACACUCGACAGCGGGGUGACCGGCGCACUGGGUCUGAAAGUCCUGCUGUUCAAGAGCCCAUCGAUAACUCAAUUUCCGAAGACCGUCGGCACGAGAUUAGUCUCCUCAUCAAUGACGCAGGCUUUCGGAAAGACGUCGACCCUUCCGUUACCGACCACGGAAGGUUGGACCUGAGCAGUCCGUCUCGACAGUUGGAAGAGAUGGCCCACGACGCCACCCUUCACUCAGAAGUCUCGCAAGCGCAGGGUGGCGGCAGUCCGAGAUUACCGUCACAAAGCACAUCAAACAAUGUCGAAUCUCAGCCAACUGUUGUGCUUGAGCCCUUCCACGGCUUUUCAGAUUGCACCUCGGAGGCAGCCGAUGAAGGCCGAGUUGCCCACCCCAAGUUGGACCUUCCGCCCAGUGAGGCAGGGAGCCUCCAAAGCGGGAGGCAGAUAGAUCCCGAUUUCAGCAUCGAGCUUGGCGAGAAUCCAAUUCACGAUCCUGACGAUCCGGCGACCGGCUCACGUUCGACGCUGGGCCGUCGCAGCGAGGAUGGCAACAGCCCGGCGGACAAGACUGACGAUGAUGACGUUCGAGACGACUCCGACUCGAGCUCAUCCGAUUCCUCGUUCCCAUCUCUGAGCGAUGUGUGGAACACGCGCGCUACCAAUCCCUCCAAAGCACCCUCAAAGAGCGCUGCCAUGUCUACUACUACCAAGAUGCCCGGGACAAACGACGCCAAUCUUUCCGAGGACGGGGGCGCGGAACCAUUCUCGGAGUCGGAGCUCGAGGAGCACUACGCCGAAGAUAGCAUCGAUGAGACAUAUGAGGACUCCGACAUGCCGACCGGCCCAGGCUGGGUCACGAAAGCACGCGCGCCCCGCGGCGUCAGCGUACCGGCGUCUUCAGCGACCCGAGACUCGGCGCCAAAGAGGGUUUCGUCAUCGCAACCCCAGCAAACCGUCGAUAAGCGUACAAUGUCGGCGCUGAAUUCUUUGUUGAGGGCGAAAAAAAGGGUUCUGGCGAGGAACAUGGCCUGA